AAGUUCAUUGGAGCUGACUGGAACAAACCUGAGCAAGACUGAACUGUGUUUAAUCUAAAUUAGAAACACAACAGAUUUAAAGGAGGCAAAUAUCUGUCUACUGAUGAAAUUGCAGCAGGGCAGAUCAUACUAACUGAUCUUAAACACAGAAGGAAGCAGGCUUUUCUGUGCAUGUGAGGAAAAAAUACAUCGUCCCUUGAAGGGUUUCUGAAAGCAUACCAAGUGGCCAGUUGGCGAUGGAAGAGGACAAGACAUUUCGCUAUGGUCUCAUUGUUCUGGGAUUCUUUCUGAUAAUGGUUGGAAUGUUCAUCAUGAAUGUGGAUAAGCCUGAGGUCUUUGCAACUUUCUGUUCCAUCGGGAUUCUGAUGAUCGUUGUGGGGAUUAUCUGGAGCAUUUGUCAGUGCUAUCCUAAGGUCACGCUCGUCCCACCCAUCGAGUCAGACACAGAGCACUUGUUUCCACAGAAACAUCAGAUCUCAGUCUCCAUGUCAGAAUCUGGGGCUCCUCUCAAAUCAAGCAAGGGAAGAGGAUCCAUUGGGGCCCCUCUUGCCACAUUCCAGGAAGAUUUCAACACAGCAGACAGGCCAUCUUCCUCAAACAACCUGUCUCUUCUCAGGCACAGGUCAGUCCUCCCCUCUUGUUCCAGAAACAAAGGCCAGAGCCACCCAGCUAAGAGUGAAAUCGUCACCUUCACUGAUUCGGUGCCCUCUGACAGUCCAAAUCUGUGUAACCAGCUGGCCGCCAGUGCCUCUAAGAGUGAGCAGAGGGAUGUCACAAACCUUGCAAUUCCACCGCCUUUUAAACUUGAACAAUCAGCAUCCAGGGAGAGUCAGAAGAAAGAGGGCCAGGUAGAAGGUGAUAUGUUUUAUGGGAUAUGUGAUGAAGUGUAUGGAAGAAAUCUUUAUAUUUCUGAGGAAUCAGAAAAUGUCGAAUGCCGCUCUGAUGAAAUUUCUGUAUAAAGUGCGCACCAUCUUCAAUAUGUUAUUCAAUAAUUACACAAUGAAGACCUGUAACUCCUCCCUAUUGUCUCUGAGUAUUGAACCCUCUUACAAAAAUACAUGUAAAAAAAAAUAGCUGACUAGACAGAAAGCUAAUUACAAUUCCUUGAAUCAUGACUUUUUUAAAAAAAAGCUGUGCAAAUAGUGAGCUUCAUUCUUUAAAUUAUUAUUCAAAGAUGUUAGGAUAUUCAUUCAUAAUGCACAUUAGAUUGUGAACAGCAAAAUUUCUACGUCCUCCCUUCUCCCAUCCAUUUUAUUAAUAUACACAGGGGGUCCCAGCGAUUUUUUUUGGGUGCAUUUUCUGCCACAUUUCUUGGGAUUGCAGUGUCUAAAGUGGCAAUAAAUAGUCUCUAGCACCGCUGUUCCCUCCAGACAAUUCCAAUGGCUUACCUGGUGAUUGCCUCAGUCUCACUCAAGAUCUUCAGUGGGAAUCUUCAUUCCAAUCUUCAUGGGGCUUCCUUCCUUUUAAGGUCCCAUGACUGAUCUUCCCAUGUCGCUGUGACACUGUCGGGAUUCUGCUUCCUCUACUGGUAGGCUCCCUCUUAAUGGUCGAGCCAGUUAGGUUUGAGCUGGAGUGGACAUGGACGGGUGGCAGAAAUACAGAGGCCCCAGAUCUCUGCCCCAAAGGGGAGUGUCCAAGCCAUGAUGUCACUCCAUUAGUACCAAUUUGAAUAUUCCCCAUCACAUUUGGGUGUAUCUAUUGAUCUCCAUCAUGUCUAGGGGAAAGUUCCAGAGUGAUGACAGCCAGCAAGGAAGCGAAAUGCAUCCAUAGCCAAUUUUAUGCCCUGCCCAACCCUAGACGUGCCCCAAAUCAGAUGGUAUCUGAAUAGAAAAUUUCAGCUCUUAUGUGUAUUCUCUAUAUUCCAUCUGUUUUGUAUAUUUACCACUGUGCUGCAUCCUGCAGCUUACUGUAUUCUGCUCAUAUCUUAGAGAUAAAAUGAAGUCCCCAAGCCAGUUUUAUACUUUUUAAAGAAUUAUGCUGAACAACUAGGAAACAUUUGCACACCAGGAUAAUUAAUUUUUUAAAAAGCUAUAACCAGGAGAUGGUUUUGACAUUAAAGAAGCUCUUUAUAUUUUCAUGGUUGUUGUGCUGUAAUUGUG